UCUAAUUGGGGCAUGUUGUAUUUGAAACGAUUGGUAACGUUAACAUCUAGUCGUUGCUGUUCGUAAAUUAAUCUUUCCUGGCGGAUUAAGUUUUAUUUUUCUCAAUUCCUUGCCAAUUAUUUUUCUCAAGUCCUUCGCCAAUCGUCUUCCUCCAGUCUCGGAACCUUCAGUGGCAUCCUGCUUCCAGGAAGGUUCACAACAUUUCAGAAAAAGCUAAAACCAACGAACAGUUAUUAACCCUUCAAUUCAUCUGAAAGUGUUCAUCGCUCUCCACUGCAUUCUCUCUCUCCUCUUUUCUGUAAGGUACUUGCCAGACAUCUCUCUUCCUUUCAUGUCAUUUGAUUUCUCUGCCUUCGAUCUAUGCUUAAUUCCUUUGUGAGUUCAUGGACUUCAAUGGCUUCCUGUAGUUGGGAUUCUCUUCUUUCUUUCUUUCUUUCUUUCCCUCUUCACCUUCUUUCUCUGCUGCCAAUUGAUGUUAAGAAUUAAUUGGUAGCAACAGAAUCAACCUUUUCAGGCUCUCUUUCUCCGUGCCUUUUUCUUCUAUGCAGUUGUUGAACUUUUUAUUUUUCCCGAUAAUAUGAUCUGCCAUACAGUGAGUCACUUUUUUUUUUUCAAGCCAUGGCCACGAUGAUCUUUAAGCUUUCCGUAUAAAAAUAUUUACGGUGCUAGGGUGUGUUCUUAAGAAAUUUUUAUUUAUUUAUUAUUAUUAUUUUUUUGGGGUGUUGGCGGUGUUGACUUGCCUAGCCGUUUUCCCUCCUUUUGGCAAGCUAUUGAUUUUAGUCUAGAAAGUGAUUAAUUUGGGUAAGAGGUGGUCAUGUAUCAUUUGUUAUCUAAGAUUUUUAAGCUCAGAUGAUCAUGGAUCCACACCUCACUGAAUUAUCUGAUACUGGAAAGGGAUACCAACUUGAUAGUAAUGCCUUCUUUCCCAAUCUUCAUCAUUUUGAAAGUCUUGCAAACACAAUCAAGUUUAGAGAUGAAACAGUAUAUUCCAACAAUUUCUCGGAUCUUUGCCCCCUUCCCCCAAAUCCUGAACCUGGCUAUGUUGCUUGGACCUCGGGAAGAACCUCCGAAGGUGACUCUCUUGAUGAUGGCGACUUCUCUGUUAACGUUCUUAAGUACAUGAAUUCAAUUCUCAUGGAGGAGAACAUUGAGCAGAUGCCCAGUAUGUUCCAUGAUCCUUUGGCCCUCCAAGCUACUGAGCAAUCCUUGUAUGAAGUUAUUGGCGAGAAGUACCCCACUUCCACCAAUCAACUGCCUGUUUACUUCAAUCAAAAUGAUGGAAGCUCGAGCUUAGAUGAUUCUUUGUUUGCUAGUUCUAGUGAUCGGAGUACAAACAGCAAUACUAACAGUGACAACACCAUUGACCCUGGUUGGAUUGUUGAUCGUGGACAUCAAAAUCCAUGUGGACAAAGUCGUCCACUUGUUAAUGAUGCUAAUGACCCAAUGGAUUCUAGCCAUUUGGUUUCCAACGUCUUUAGGGAUAGCCAGUCAAUUCUGCAGUUCAAGAGAGGGGUGGAGGAAGCUAGUAUGUUCCUUCCCAGUAGUGAUCAGCUGUUUACGGAUUCGGAGAGCUAUAGAUUGCCUGCAAGGUCAAUGCAAAUGGCUUCUGAGGUGGUAGUCAAGGUGGAGGAGAACGAGAAGGAACAAUCACCUAAUAGCUCGAGGGGUAAGAAGAAUCAUCAAAGGGAAGAUAGUAAUUUAGAAGAGGAGAGAAGCAGAAAGCAGUGGGCAGGUUGUGAGGAAGAAGAUGCCGAGUUGUCUGACAUGUUCGAUAGGAUUUUUCUUUUCGGCGAAGUAAAAAGUGACCAUGCAUGCUGUGAUGUCAAAGAAGUGGUGGAAAAUGAAGCAAGCAUGAGUUUGCAGCUGAUUGGACAACCGCAUGGUCCUAGUGGCGGAAGGACUCGUGGUUGGAAACAAAGUAAGAAAAACGAAGCCGUGGGAUUAAGGGCUCUAUUGAUUAGUUGUGCACAAUCUGUUGCUGCUGAUGAUCGCAGGACUGCGAACGAACUAGUAAGGCAGAUUAGGCUGCACUCUUCUCCUUUGGGUAAUGGGAUACAGAGGGUGGCACAUGUCUUUGCUAACGGUCUUCAGGCUCGCUUGGCGGGAACUGGAACCCAGAAUUAUGCGGCCUUAGCUACCAGGAGGAGUUCAACUGUUGAAAUUUUAAAAGCUUACCAGUUUUUUCUUUCAGCUUGCCCAUUCUCGAAGAUGGCAAUAUUAUUUGCAAACCAAAUGAUUUUGGAUACAGCCGCAGGAUCAACAAAAAAAAAACUUCAUAUUGUUGAUUUCGGUAUCCUUUAUGGUUCCCAAUGGCCCAUCCUAAUCAAAUAUCUACAUACCCUGCCUGGUGGUGCCCCUGAGCUUCGAAUUACUGGGAUAGAGCUUCCUCAACCUGGUUUCCAUCCCGCAGAACUUGUCGAGGAGACAGGACGUCGGUUGGCAAAGUAUUGUAAACGAUUUAAUGUUCCAUUUCAAUACUGUGCCAUUGCACAGAAAUGGGAAACUAUCAAACUGGAGGACCUCAACAUAAACAGUGACGAGGUGCUUGCUGUGAAUUGUCUCGUCCGGUUUAAGAAUCUUCUUGAUGAGACGGUUGUGGUAGACAGUCCAAGGGACGCUGUUCUUGGGCUAAUCAGGAAGAUUAAUCCGGACAUUUUCGUCCAUUGUGUUAUGAACGGGCCGUACAGUGCGCCCUUCUUCAUCACUCGUUUUCGUGAGGCACUCUUUCAUUACUCCUCAUUGUUUGAUAUGUUUGACACUAACACAAGAUUAGAAGAUCAGGAAAGGAUGAACUUUGAGAAAGAGUUCUAUGGGCGUGAGGUCAUGAAUAUAAUUGCUUGUGAGGGUGUGGAAAGGGUCGAGAGGCCUGAGACAUACAAGCAGUGGCAGGUUAGGAACACAAGAGCAGGCUUGAGGAUCCUUCCAUUAAAUCUGGGGCUUCUGAAGAAACUGAGGAGUAAAGUGAAGGAAGGAUUGCACAAAGAUUUUGUGAUAGAUGAAGAUGGAAAAUGGAUGUUGCAGGGAUGGAAGGGUAGGAUUAUAUGUGCUAGCUCAUGCUGGGUUCCUGCAUAAAAGCCUUUGAGGCAUUUCUGCUACGACUCUGAUCAAGACUUCGAGUUUCUCCUAGGGAGCGGGCAAGGAUGCAACUUGGGAAAUGGUACUGUUUCCUUCAAGUUUAGUUACUUAAUUGAUCCAGGUUAAGAAAAAAGUAAAUUUUGGCCAAUAGUUGAAUGGGAGCUGAUGUUGCUGAUUCUUGAUACCAGAUUCUCUCUGAUGGUACCUGCCUUGUCUGGUAAAUGCUUAUGGAUUAUGAGGAUAGCAGCAUAUAAAUGUACUGGUUUGUCUUGGUAAUAUUUGGUUGUAGUCUUGUAAAUUUAAUCUGGUUAUAGUUUAAGGAUUAGUGCUGAACUCAAUAGAGCAGAAUCGCUCUGGCAGAUUAAAGAUUUGUUACAUUGCCGGCGAGGACCCUGUUCUGCUGGUGAAGCUAUUGUUUACUUUAUUCAUUUUGCUUGCAGCAUGGAGGUGGGUCUACCUCUGGUUCUUGUUUGCAACUUGAAGACAACAAGUCUGCUUGUGCUCUUUGCUUUUAACUUCAUCGUGAGCCAGGGUGUGUGUGUGUUUGUUUUGCUCUCGUCAGAAAGUGCAAAUGGAAUAGAACUUGUGAAAUUUUAUUGUGUUCUUCUUUCCUGGGCCAAUGGUCCAUCCAGGUUGCAUCUUAGUAGUUGGAAUGAAAAGGGAAGCAGAAAGUGCUUAAUUCUCCGCA